AUACGUUGACGUUGCGACCAAAACAAACCAUUCAAAGCACGAAGGAAGCUUGCAACGACCCAGAUGCCGGCUCCGGCGAGCUCGACCACCGUGGGGGCCGUGGGCAGGUCCCCCUCGAAAACCGUAGCCCCGAGGUCCAGCGCCGGGAGCACCGUGAGGCAGAGGAAGACGACGUCCGCGGUGGCCCCCAGGACUAGGAAUACGGGAGCGGGGUCUGGGGGAAUGUGGAGGUUCUACACUGAUGAUUCUCCUGGGAUUAAAGUGGGGCCCGUGCCGGUCCUCGUAAUGUCGCUCUUGUUCAUCGCGUCGGUCUUCAUGUUGCACAUAUGGGGGAAGUACACUAGGUCUUAGAUUUGUAGGAAUAAAAUGGGGUUAAAAUUCUAUAAAUUUAUUUAUAAUGCGGUUGCUUCCACAUUCCGCAAAUACAUCUUCCACACUUUCUGUAUUAAUAAAUUACAGUAAAUUUAUAAAUAAUACAUUAUAAAAAAAGCAUUUAUAUUGAAAUUACUUCCUACCUAGACUAAUGAUAAGAGAAUUGUGAUGUUACAUGUCCAACCCGACCUAGUCUAAAUAAAACCUAGAAAAAAUAGUUUAA